AUCACUCCAAAGGCAAAAAAGGAGGAAGAAAGCAGAGAGAGAGAGAGAGAGAGAGAGAGAGGAGAAAAGGGCAGAAGAAAGAAGAAGAUGGGCCUGGGCUUGGGCCUAAACCUCCUCCUACUCCUAGCAAUGGUAGCCACCAACAUCCUCUCUCUCUACCAUCUCUCCUCCUCCCAAAACCCUACCUCCUCCCUUUCUCCUCCUCCGCCCGUCCCCGACUACCUAAUCCACCAGCUCUCCACCAUCCGCGCCACCAUCAACCACCUCACCCGCCUCCGCUCCUCCUCGUCCUCUUCCUCCUCCUCCUCCUCCUCCUCCACCACCACCCCUCCGCCUCCUCCCCCUUCCGAGCUCCUCCUCUACGCCCAUCUCUCCCCCAUCGGCUCCGCUUGCCGCGACAACCCUUCUCUCCUUCACCGCUUCAUGAAUUACACCCCUUUCUCUCUCUGCCCUUCCGACCAGUCUCUCGCAGAAUCCCUCGUCCUCCGUGGUUGUCAUCCCCUCCCUCGCCGCCGAUGCUUCGAUCCCACCCCUCGCUCACCUCCUUCUUCUCUACCCACUUCUCCUUUCCCUUCUUCCCUCCCCGAUUCCGCUGUUCUCUGGACUCCCUACUCCUGCAAGAGCUUCUCCUGCCUUGUCCGCAACGACAACCUCGGCUUCAAUCUCAAGCUCGAAUCCACUAAAUUCUCAUCUUACAAAACAUUUCUCGAUUUGCCCAUUUCCCAAUUGUUCCAAUAUGCCAUGAAUUCGUCUUCCGUUCUUCGUCUCGCCAUCGAUGUGGGCGGCGGGACCGGGACAUUCGCCGCCAGGAUGAAGCAGCAUAAUGUGACCGUUAUCACAACCACCAUGAAUCUUGGCGCGCCUUAUAGUGAGACGGCCGCGCUGAGGGGCGUCGUCCCCCUCCACAUCCCACUGCAGCAGCGAUUCCCAGUGUUCGAUGGGGUGGUCGAUCUGGUGCGGUGCGGGCAUGGCAUCAAUCGAUGGAUCCCGACAGUGGCGUUGGAGUUCUUGUUGUAUGAUGUCGAUCGGGUGCUGCGUGGUGGGGGGUUCCUGUGGCUGGAUCACUUCUUCUGCAAAUUGCCUGAUCUUGAAAAGGUUUAUGGGCCGCUGAUCGGGCGAUUGGGGUACAAGAGAUUGAGGUGGGCCACUGGGAACAAGACAGAUUCCAAGAAUGGGGAGGUCUAUCUGACUGCACUGCUGCAGAAACCAUGGAAGUGAGGGAUGAAAUGAGAAGAGAGGAUUUUGUUGCUGAUUCAAUGGGGAAAUGAUCCAAUGUUGUUGUAUGUAUCUCUAUUUUUAAUUUCCUGUGAUGGGUUUGUGUUGGUUUGGGGAGGAAAUUAUUGGAGAAUUUUGUAAUGGUUUUGGAUUAGGAAAUAAGGAAAUGGUGUUACCAAACAUGUAUUUUUGUUACCUUGCAAUGUGGGAUUCUAGUGUAGACUCUACAUAGUUUCCAAUUCUCACUCAAAUUGUAAAAGGAAUUACAGUUCUAGAUUGUAAUGUUAAGGGAAAUACCAUUCA